UUCUAAGGAUGGUUGUUUUGCUUGCUUUCUUCACAGAGUUAUAGUAAACAUAAUUCAUAGUGUCAAAGGAUACCAUUCAAAGACAAUACGUUUUCUGAAUGUGGCUUUUGACAGUUCCGGAGAUUCUCUACUCGCAGGAGACCACCAAGGGAAUAUAUAUGUUUUUGACUUGAAUGGAAACAGGUUCAACCUUGUUCAGCGGACAAUGCAGGCUUGCACUGCUUUGGCAUUUAACCUUCGCAGAAAGACAGAAUUCCUGGUGGCUUUGGCAGACUAUUCUGUUAAGUGCUUUGAUACAGAAACCAAGGAGCUAGUUAGUUGGAUGAGGGGACAUGAUUCUUCAGUGUCUUCCAUCUCUGUCCAUGGCUUGGGCAGGUAUGCCAUCACUACAUCCACCGAUACAGCACAACUGUGGGACUUGGACACCUUUCAAAGAAAAAGAAAGCUGAAUGUUCGUCAGUCUGUGGGUAUACAGAAGGUUUUUUUUCUUCCAUUGAGUAACACCAUCCUCAGCUGUUUCAAAGAUAAUUCUGUUUUUGCAUGGGAAUUUGAUACUCUUCACUGUAAAUACCAGUUACCAACUCCUGUAGAAGGUUCUGUAUUACUUUAUAAGGUCUUUGCAGUUACCAGAGAUGGCCGGAUUUUUGUAGCUGGUGGAAAAUCAAAUCAUCUUCACUUAUGGUGUUUAGAAUCAAAGCAGUUGAUACGAAUAAUCCAGAUGCCGGCAAAAGUACGAGCUGUCCGUCACCUGGAAUUCCUCCCUGACAGUUUUGAUGGGGGCUCCAAUCAGGUCCUUGGAGUGUUAAGUCAAGAUAAUAUUAUGAGAUUUAUCCAUAUAGAAACAUGCAAACUUCUUUUUGACAUUGGGAGUCAUGAAGAGGGAAUUAGUACAGCAGCAAUUAGCCCCAAUGGACGGUAUAUUGCAUCAGUAAUGGAAAAUGGUAGCCUUAAUUUAUACAGUGUCCAAGCUUUGACUCAAGAAGGAAAUAAGCCUCCACCACCCACGUUCAAAGUAGUAGAAGAUUGGUCCAAGUGCAUGUCAGAGGCAAAUAAACUGACAAUGAGAGUGACUUCAGGAAGGCCACAGCAGCCUUGGAAAUCUAAAGGAAGCAAAAUUCAAACUAGAUUGCUAAAACUGCAAGUGAACACAUCACUUGAAAAUAAAGAGAACGAAUUGCCAGGUGGAUUAAACAAGAAACGUCUGCGGGCCUUAUUGAAAGGAUUUGGAGAAUAUCCAGCAAAGUACAGGAUGUUUGUUUGGCGUUCCUUAUUACAACUUCCUGAAAACCACUUCGCAUUCAGUAGUCUAAUAGAUAAGGGUACCCACAGUGCAUUUGUGAAUAUUCAAAAUGAGUAUCCUAUCAAAAGUAGGAAACUGCUGAGAGUUUUACAGAGGACCUUAUCAGCCCUAGCUCACUGGUCUGCUAUCUUUGCUGAGACACCUUAUAUUCCUUUGCUAGCAUUCCCAUUUGUAAAAUUAUUCCAGAACAACCAGCUGAUCUGCUUUGAAGUUGUUGCUACAGUAGUAG